AUUCAAACAGUGGAUUAAAAUUAUUAGCCUCCGUUAGCAGACUUGUCCGUUUCUUUUAAUAUUUCCCCAAACAAAAGACAGCAAUGAAGAUCGAGGAGGUUAAGAGCACGACCAAAACGCAGAGAAUCGCUUCUCACAGCCACGUAAAGGGACUUGGUCUGGACGAGGCGGGCAAUGCCAAACAGUCUGGCUCCGGGCUAGUGGGACAGGAAGCCGCUAGGGAGGCGUGUGGUAUCAUCGUAGAGCUAAUCCGCUCUAAGAAGAUGGCUGGGAGAGCAGUCUUACUCGCAGGACCACCCGGAACAGGAAAGACUGCUCUAGCGUUGGCCAUGGCUCAGGAGUUGGGUAAUAAGGUCCCGUUCUGUCCCAUGGUGGGCAGUGAGGUUUACUCAUCAGAGAUCAAAAAGACAGAGGUGCUGAUGGAGAACUUCAGGAGGGCUAUUGGUCUGCGUAUAAAGGAGACGAAGGAGGUGUAUGAGGGGGAGGUGACUGAAUUGACCCCGUGUGAGACAGAGAAUCCAAUGGGUGGUUACGGUAAAACCAUCAGUCACGUUAUCAUCGGCCUAAAAACGGCCAAGGGCACCAAGCAGCUAAAGUUGGACCCCAGUAUCUAUGAGAGUCUGCAGAAAGAGAGGGUGGAGGUUGGUGAUGUCAUCUACAUUGAGGCUAACAGUGGAGCUGUCAAGAGGCAGGGCCGCUGUGACACGUUUGCGACAGAGUUUGAUCUGGAGGCUGAGGAGUACGUCCCUCUGCCCAAAGGAGACGUGCACAAGAAGAAAGAGAUUAUACAGGACGUCACUCUCCACGACCUGGACGUGGCCAACGCACGCCCGCAGGGAGGUCAGGACAUCUUGUCUAUGAUGGGCCAGUUGAUGAAACCCAAGAAGACAGAGAUUACAGAUAAGCUGCGUGGGGAGAUCAAUAAGGUGGUGAAUCGGUACAUUGAUCAAGGCGUGGCUGAGCUGGUUCCUGGUGUUCUGUUUGUGGAUGAGGUUCACAUGCUGGACAUCGAGUGUUUCACAUACUUACACAGGGCUCUGGAGAGCUCCAUCGCCCCCAUCGUAGUGUUCGCCUCCAACCGAGGAAACUGCCUCAUCAGGGGGACAGAAGACAUUACCUCUCCUCACGGUAUUCCUCUGGAUCUGUUGGACCGGGUCAUGAUCAUCAGAACCAUGCUCUACACACCACAGGAAAUGAAACAGAUCAUAAAGAUUCGUGCUCAGAUUGAAGGCAUCAACAUCAGUGAGGAGGCCUUGACUCACCUUGGGGAGAUCGGCACUAAGACUACACUGAGGUACGCGGUGCAGCUGCUGACCCCUGCCAGUCUCCUGGCGCGUGUUCAGGGGAAGGAGGUGGUGGAGCGGGAGCAGGUGGAGGAAAUAAACGAACUUUUCUACGACGCCAAGUCAUCCGCCAAGAUCCUCCAAGAUCAGCACACCAAGUUCAUGAAAUAAUUACAGCU